AUGAACAAUAUCGAAACUGAAUUUGGCUUUGACGAAUAUAUCAUGCCCACUACUUAUUCUACCAUGCCAAAGGUUGAAUCUUACGAUGCUCAACUUUAUCCUUCAGCAUUUGGUUACUAUGAUACCAAUGGUCUUGAUACAUUAAGUCAACCUAUCAUGAUGGCACCUGCACCUUAUGAUAUGUAUCAAACUACCAACUCUGCUUGUCAUGUAACGCUUCCCCCCUCCGCUUCUCCCUCUGCCUCCACUAUCACUCACAUUCAACAUCAACAACAGCAAGGAUCAUCUAGCCCUGAAUCCAUGUCCAGCCGCCUUUCACCUCCUACUGUAUCAACACCUUUAUUAUCACCUCAUCAUCAAGCUACUAUCACUGAAAAGAUUGCCAAUGUCAACAAAUUACCUGAAUCAUUCUUACCCGAGUUUCACCAAUACUCGAAAGAAACUUAUGAGAAUGGAUCAUCCAACAGCAAGAAACGCAGACGCACAAACAAUGGCAGCAAAAAAGAUGUGCCAUCAUCUACCAGUGCCGAUGAAGAUCAACCUCACAACAAUUCAUCUAGCAGCAGUGACCUUGAAGAUGAUGCUGAUGGUGUUUCUGCACAAGAAGUGCGUCGUCAAAUUCACAUUCAAUCUGAACAAAAGCGUCGUGCUCAAAUCAAGGAUGGUUUUGAGGAAUUGCGUCAACAUUUACCUGGUUGUGUUAAUAAGAAGAUGAGCAAAGCUGCUCUGUUACAUCGCACUGUUCAACAUUUGCAACAUUUGAAGAAGAACCAAACUUCCUUGUUGGCCGAAUUAGAACGUAUGAUGAAUGAAAAUGAACAAUUGAGAAAAUUUCAAGAGUCUGUCUUGCAAAAGCAAGCUCUUGAAAGAAUGUAUCAAAUGGGCAUGUAA